CCUCCCCCACUACUUCACUCUUUCCCUUUCUAUAUAUAUCUCUCCCCCUCUCUCUGUUUUUUCACUUCUCUCUGCUCAGUUUUCUAAAUUCUAACUCAAAAUUCAAAAAUGGAAAUUCGCUGUUUUUCCAUGGCGAUGGUGUUUCUAGUUUUACUAAUCAAUCUGAGAGAGACCGCGGCGGUUCCCUCCGCGGUGUACGACGGCGGCGUGUUGUUUCCUGACCGGAGAUGCAGGGAGGACAGAGAAACGGUGUCGCCGGGGAACUUGACUCGUCGGAGGACGGAGGCGGUGGGAGGAUGUGAGGUGUGGAGUGAGGCGUGUUCGGAGGCGGUGAUGAAGGUGGCGCGGAGGCCGGAGAUGGCGGAGUGGUUGAAGCGGUUACGGAGGAGGAUCCACUCGAAUCCGGAGUUGGCUUUUGAGGAAAUCGAGACGAGUGGUUUGAUUCGAAAGGAGUUGGAUCUGAUGGGAGUUAGUUAUCGGUACCCGUUGGCGAGGACCGGUAUUCGAGCGUGGAUCGGUACUGGGGGUCCGCCUUUUGUUGCAAUUCGAGCUGACAUGGAUGCACUUCCCAUCCAGGAAGCUGUGGAGUGGGAGUACAAGUCUAAAGUUGCCGGUAAAAUGCACGCUUGUGGACACGACGCACAUGUGGCGAUGCUUAUUGGUGCUGCUAAGAUCUUGAAAACUAGAGAACAUUUAUUAAAGGGAACUGUAAUUCUGAUAUUCCAGCCAGCAGAGGAAGCUGGCAAUGGUGCAAAGCGAAUGAUGCAAGACGGUGCUUUGGAGGAUGUGGAGGCUAUAUUUGCAGUUCAUGUAUCCCAUGAGCAUCCAACUGGUAUAAUUGGGUCUAGACCUGGACCCUUGUUGGCUGGGUGUGGUUUUUUCAGAGCUGUAAUUAGUGGCAAAACAGCCAUUGCUGGCAAUCCUCAACGCUCUGUUGAUCCAGUUUUGGCUGCUUCAGCUGCAGUUAUCAGCUUGCAGGGUAUUGUCUCUCGCGAAUCAAAUCCCUUGGAUUCACAGGUUAUCUCUGUAACAUCGUUUGAUGGAGGCAACAAUCUUGACAUGAUUCCAGACAGAGUGGUCAUUGGGGGAACAUUCAGAGCUUUCUCUAACACCAGCUUUUACCAGAUACUUGAAAGAAUAGAGCAGGUGAUAGUGGAACAGGCCAGAGUCUACAGAUGCUCAGCUGAAGUUGACUUCUUUGAAAAAGAGUACACAAUAUACCCGCCAACAGUCAACGAUGACAGAAUGUAUGAGCAUGUGAAGAAAGUUUCCAUCGAUUUGCUGGGUCAAGAAAAUUUCAGGGUAGUCCCCCCUAUGAUGGGUGCUGAAGAUUUCUCUUUUUACUCAGAGGCAGUUCCUUCAGCUUUCUACUACAUAGGGAUAAGGAACGAGACACUAGGGUCCACUCACACAGGACACUCCCCAUAUUUCAUGAUUGAUGAAGAUGCUCUGCCAACAGGGGCUGCUGUUCAUGCCACCAUUGCUGAGAGGUACCUCAUUGAACAUAGCUGAGAACGCUUAUCUUUUCUCAGAAUCAAUUCUGAUAACUAGAAGCGGCUCACAUAAGCUUUUCAGCAGAAUUAAUUUUGUCUUUAGAAUUUAUCCCGAUCCCAAUGGUGCACUUUGUUGUACAAAAUUAGUAGCACACAAGUUUUUCCGUCCUCCUCUUGUUAUUUACAUAUUUAUUUGUUGCUUGAGGUUAAGGAACGGUGGAAACAAAAGCUACCAUUUUCUCAUGUAGAAAGGUAGGUUCAUAGUAGCAAAAGAGGAAUGACAAUGUUUAUUCAGAAAAGUGUUUAUCGUUUAUGGAGGUAGAUUUCAAUCACUAUAAUAUAAUAAUGACUUUAAUUGAAGAAA